AUGCCAGUGUCAUUCCUUUCAACUUCCCCAAGCCUUCUCUCCAUCUUCCAACAUCCUUACUUUUCUUUUGCUUGAUCCAAACACUCAAGCAUAGGAAAGGCACGUGUGGCUCGCCCGCCUUUCUCAAACCAGUUUCUCGAGCUGCGGAAUUCAGACACACGCUCAUUUUACUUUGCUGUUUGUUUCCUAAUCGGAAAACACCAUCUUUUACACUCACUUCGCCAUCAUUCCUCUCCCGCUCUCUCAGCCCUUCUCCCGAGGACAUACCACGAGGAAUCUUGACCCCGGAGCAUAUCACACGGAGAACAAGCGCCCUUUUGCACUCCUUCACUUAGCAACAAAACCCAUGCCCGCCCCGUCACGGAAUUCCUGAAGAGUCAUUCCUUUCACCUACGUCUUUUGCCUCUCAGCUAUCUUCCAUUCUUUCACUCAGGGGUUCCGUGCUUGUCAAGGAAUCCUUUUACAAUCCAGUUGAAGUCUCUACUCUCCUCGUGGGGCAGAGAGAAAGAACGGACCAAGGUCGACGCAUCAACCAGUCCCAUACCAGUCCUCCGCAAGGACUAUCUCCAGAAACACAAAGAAAAGAAGAUUGCUUCCAGCGGAAGCAGACCUCAUGAUGAUGGAGCAUCCGCGCCCUGUGCUUCCCUCUCAACGAUACUCCCCUUCCCCAGUCUACAGCUACGAUAGCAGACGAUGCACACCGACUGGGCGGCAGCCGUUGAGGGAGUCGACGGGCAAUGUCCAGUCCGCCGGCUCUCACUUGGGAAGCCUCGCAUCGUCGUGCCGUAAUAGCCCACUUGGCCUCUUCUCACCGAGCCUGACGAGCAUACCCACUCCACCUAUCGUACCAUCCCAGGCUGGCUCUACCUACAGGAGCAGCAACAGCCUGAGAAGGCCUGAUGCUCUCCACAUGGCCAGAAGGGCACGACAUGACAUCAACCCCAUCUACUAUGCCCCCGAGUUCCGGCCUUACCGGGACAAGCAGGACCAAAAGGAUCCCAACGAGAAGCAGAUCUGGCCUCGUGUUUUGGAAGAUGCCUUCCUCGACUCACUGCUCAUCAUCCCGCAUAUGGGUAGAAAGAAGUACAGCAUGCAGGGCAAGCAAUUUGGGCGUAACAUGCUCAUCAGCGAGUACCUGUGGAUCGCGUACUGCUGCAGCUUGCAGCCGGGACAAAAGGCAGAGGAAAGAAAGAGAAAGCAAGUCUCCAGCCACAUUCAAGUGGUCAAGAAGAUGUUCGAGAAGCACCGAUGCUACCACUUCUUUUUCGUCAAGGACCCUGACAAAAGUGAGGCCCGUCUCAAGGACAACAUGGAGAUUGCUUCCUUCAAGGACAACCCAGUCCUGGUCGCCCUCGCCGAGGGCCGUCUUCCAGACGUGCGUCCCAACUACGAGUACUUUGCCCAGAUCCUUGCCAUGGACUCUCUCGUCGUCAUGAGGCCCAAGACUGCUUGGAUCUUCGUCGCUUCCUCCAAUGUCAGGAUGGAAGAGAACGGAGACGCCUACGACCAACACGGCAAGCCUCUCGACCCUGACUACUACCCCCAUUUGGAGAAGAACAUGCACAAGGAAGACGGUCUUUCCAGGGGCCUCAACGGCAGCGUUCUUCUGCACGAGUACAACCGCGAACUGGCCCAGAAGGAAUCCGCAGCUGUCACUGAGAUGUCCCAGGAAUGGGAAGCUAAAUUCCCUCCUCUGCACAAGUCACUCGAGCACGCCAUCCAGGACAACAAGUGGCUUGACAUCUUGGAGAUGACCGUCACACUCGAGAUCCAUCCCCGCAGCAACUUCCCCGCCGGAUCCGAGCUCAACGGCUUCGUUGAGCUGAGCAUUUCCCAGCCCGCGCUCCAGAACCACCGCUGGAAGUGCGUCACCAAGCUGGCGCGGCCCGAGGAGCUCCGCCGAGCCGAGAACGAGCCCUGCAUCAUUGAGCAAACGAGCGAGGUCGGCGUGCAGUACACGCACCGUCCCGGAUGCCAGGAGAGCAAGUUCGAGUGUGACUGCCGCAGCCGUCCCAGACAGGACGUCCGCGUGCCCUUCCCAGCGGCCGAGUGGGCUAGCAUCCUGAGCACGUGCGCCGGCUACCUCGAGCCCGUCGACAACAAGAACAAAAUCGAGGACGACGAGGAGAGAGCCAAGGCCGCGGAAGACGCCGCCCUCGAAGCCGAGCGUACCACGGCGGAGCUAAUCCAGCAGGUCGGCAUGUUCCAGGAGCUGUGGUCUGCCCCACCUGAUAACUCUGAUCGCCGCAACUGGGUGCGCCGCGGUAUCAUUCUCUGGAAGUUCCGCACCAUUCACGCCUUUGACGACAAGUGGAACCCCAUCUUUGAGAAGCCUGCGCCGCAGAAGGGCAGGAAGCCCGCCGAGGAGGACGGCGAAGAUCAGACCUCAUCAUCCCGACGGGGAAGCCGCUCAAAGCGCGUCUUCAACCCUCCCGGCACGACCUGGCGCUUCCUCACGGCCCUGGACCCCGUCUCCUCGGCGCAUCAGCAGAAUGUCUGCGUCAACCCGGCAUCUGGCCAGGGCCGGGAGAUGCUCAUGGCACCGACACCCCCCUACUCUCACCACCUCGCUGCCGUCAUGAACGACAACAUGAGCAAUGCUUGGGAAUCUGUCACCAUGCCCGGCCAGCUGCCGAGCCUGGCAUCCACCGGAACACUUGGGCUCAUGGAACCCUACUCACAUGGACUCGCAACGCCUCCACCAAGUGCCUCCCUCACCUCGUCGUACGCAAGUAGCUACGAUGGCGGUCAUGAGCUGGCCGGCGGGCCGCACCACCAUCACCACCAGCUUGACCUCUUUACCGCCGCGGCCUGUACUAGCUCUAUGGAGAACCAGGCCAUCGUCGCCGACAUGUCAUCUGCUGCUCCCGACCCGUACCUCUCGGCGACUGCAGGCAUUCAAGUUUCAAGCGGUGUGCCUGUCGGCGUCUACGACGAGGGCGAGGUCGAGGGCAUCCACGACUGGGACACGACGACCUCGUCCUUCCACGGCCUCCACCAGUGGAACGGCUGGAGCGAGGCGGCGUCAGACCCAAAGACGCAGCAGUGGCAGAACGAGAACCACCGCAGCGCGGCCGCCAACUCCAAUCUCUGGGCCGAGAGCAAGGACCACCACACAUGGAACCAGCAGCCGUGGGCCCAGGCCGUCUCGGCAGUCGCUGCCGUGGCCGGCACAGACGGCAGAUCCGGAUGGUCACCAGUCGACCAACAGCGCAGCAGCGGUCUGCCCUCGCUGGAUCAACUCACCCCGCUCAAGUCGUUGACGGGUAGCAGGAAGAGGGCGCGCUCCAACAGCCUCGACAUGGAGAACAGGGAGAACUACCCCGCAUCAUCGAUCCAGAAGCUGGUGCACCAUCGAGCGCCGGCAGCUGUGAUGGACGAGGCUGGUGGUCACGGACACCGGAACUGGGAGUGAAACUUCACACUCGGCCGAGCUGUACAGACGGGAAAGGGAAAAGGGAAUGCAGCAUGUUUCCGGGAGAUGUGUGCCCUGCUUGCUUGCGCGUACGUUGCAAAACUGGAGAGGAGUAAUCUCGCAUGCAGCGGCAUCUGAGCAAAGGUGAAAAAAGGGGAUAGUGUACUUUUUGCGCGGGAGUUUAUGUUCUUGACUUUAGGGCGGGAUGGAAUGAUUGACGGCCGACUCAUGUGUGAAACGCCUAUAAAGGCU